AUGGUGAACAAGUUCACUUGGGUAAUUAAGAAUUUUGCAUCUUUGCAAUCCGAGCAUAUCUAUUCCGAUAAAUUCGUUAUCGGUGGCUGCAGUUGGCGUCUUCUGGCAUAUCCCAAGGGAGAUAGUGGUAAAAGUUGUUUGCCUCUUUAUCUGGUGGUUGCUGAUUCUAAAACUUUGCCUUCUGGAUGGAGGAGACACACAAAAUUUUCUCUAAGUAUAGUCAAUCAAAUUUCAGAAAGGCUCUCUCAAGUGAAAAAAGCACACCAGUGGUUUGAUCAGAAAAGUCAUGCAUUGGGAUACUCAGCAAUGCUUCCCCUCUCCCAACUUCUUGCCAAAGAUGGUGGAUUUCUAGUAAACGGAGAAGUCAAAAUUGUUGCCGAGGUAGAGGUUCUUGAAGUUAUUGGCAACGUAGAUGAAUACGAAGAGGCAAACCAACCUAUAAAAAGGAUAAAGCUAGAGGAUAAUUAUGCAGUGUCUACUGUUUUGCUCAACCAGAAUUCACCUAUAAAGGAAGAUAUUGAUGUCGAUGGGUUUCAAGUUUUUCCUUCACAAGCGGAAUUUGUGACCCGUGUUUUUAAAAAAUAUCCCGACAUUGCAUUAGAACUCCGAGCAAAGACAAAAACUGUGAGGACAGCAUACGUGCAUGUGUUCCUCAGCCUAAUCGAGACAUUGUGCAAGUCAGUGCAAGAGCUCUCCAAUGAUGAUCUGAUGGAAGCAGAUAAUGCACUAAAAUACCUAAGAUAUUCGGGCAUUAAGGUGGAUUGCUUGGAGCAGAAGGUGGAGGAAGUUAAGGAAAAGAAGAAGGAAGAGCAGACUGGUGAGACUCGGAUCCAAGAAUUAGAGGAAGAACUUAAGGAUUUGAAGCGCAAGUGCACAGAUCUUGAAACCCUUCUAGGGGAAGAGGAGGCAAAGGUGUUGGCCGCGAGAGCUCCUGUUCUAACGUUGGAUGUUGUUUGA